AUGAACAAACGCAGCAAAGAAUCCCACAAGAAACGUGAAUCUCAUAAGAUAAAGGUCAAAGUUUUCCAGAGUCUUUGUGCAGGAAACUCGAUCCAUCCAGAAAUCUCAAGAGAAACACAACCCAACUCGAUAGUGGCGAUGCAGGACACCAUAGAGGGCUCUGUUGUACUAGAUGAGAUUGAAGUUCCAGCAUCCCCCGGUUUGGAAGAAACUCUUGAAGCAAUACAUCAAGUUGAUCAAGGUAACGGGUAUGAAUCGGAGGUCAAAGAGGAAGGAAUUAAUUGGGACCACUGGCUUUCAUACGAGAUGGAACAUGCUGCCGGGGAUUUAUCGUUAGAUCACUCAACUGAUGGAGAAGAAAUUUGCUCAGAUCACGAGGCUAUUGAUGGGGAUGAAUGGUUUCCAUUCAAAAGUAAAUUGGAGAUGCUUGGCUCACUCCUAAUCGGAUACACCCGCCAUCUCCUUUCAAGGGAAAUGUAUGACCGAACCCGAUCCAUUUUCUCCAUCUGGCCACUAAAGAUACCGGCCUGGUCAACCAUUCGCCGAGCUCAGGAACGGAUCCGAAAACAUCUUGACAUGAAGAUUAGUAUGGAGUUGUCCAAUCCGCUUGUUGCCCCUUUUCUAGACUUUUAUCCCGAGGAUUCCAAAGGCUUGGACAUUUAUAAGCUUUCACAAUCACAAAAAUGGCUAGCAUCUUUGCCUCGAGAAUUGCGAACUCCAAUGUGCAUCAACAAUACAAAACACUUUUACAUCUACGAACCCCUUGAAAUGUAUUCCAAGGAAAUAGUUAUUCCUAUUUUCAUUUACACUAUAAGCUCCGAACUACAUGCCAAAUGUCUUAUCCCCCAUCAAGAACACAACACUCCAUCUUCAACAAAAUUUUACAUCCCCGAAAAUCUCUCUUUUGAUGACCCCAAUCUUAAGGUCAUUGCAGUCAAAAACUUUGAGAAAACAUACUUGGAAAUCGAGAGGAAUGGACAGAAACUAUCAUCUCUUUGCGGUAAUCAACUAUACGAGACUAACAACAUAGACAGGAGAAUCAAGAAAAUUACGUUACCAAGCCCUUGGAGAAUCAAAGCUGGCGGAAAGAUAAUUCGGCAUAUUCCAAUCAGCUUGUAUGCUGACGACACCUCGGGGAACCUAUCAAAACGUUGGAAUAAACACAUUUCCUUUUAUUUUACCUUAUCUGGACUUGAGCCCCAUCUUUCAAACCAGGAGUUCAAUUGUCACUUCCUUUCAACUUCAAAUCGGGCAGGAACUUUGGAAGUGGCUGAACAGAUUGUGACUGAGAUGAAUGAUAUUGCUACCAAUGGAUUCACGGCCUUCGACGUUUCCAUUUCCCAGCCAGUAUUUGUUAUGAGCACUAUUCUAUUUUUCCUUGCAGAUUCACCUAUGCAUGCCGAAAUAACCAACACCCCCUGUCCAAGUGCAGCUCUCAAUCCAUGUCGAUUCUGCACUCUAUCAGUUUCAAAAAGGGUCGAGAAAAAUACCAAACUCUACAUACAAAGGUUUCUUGAAGUCGAUUCAAAUGGCAACUCAGCACCAAACACACUCCGACACUGGGACGAAAGCGUGACACGCACUUAUAAUCUCUACAACCUAACCAAUCAUUCAACGAUCAAGGAGUUCAACGAAAUGUCUAUCAAGUGGGGUCUCACGGAUUCAAUGAAUCGGAAAUUUAUUGAACAUAGGAAAGAUAAGAAGGUUAAAAAGAGAAUCAAGAAAUUGAUAAAGGAAGAUUCUACAAGAUUGUUCAAUUCAUUUCUGAAACUAAAAGGUUUCGAUGGCUGCUUAGACACACCCGUCGAAAUUUUACAUGUUUUCUUGCUUGGGGUUGAGAAAUAUUUAGUGCGAGAUUUUAUCAAGAGUUUGAAACCAAAACAGAAAUUAGAACUGAACGGACGCAUCCAGUCUUUCAACACCGGUUCUUUGAACAUCCCCUCUCUACAACCCAAAUAUCUUACUACCCAUGCUCAAUCUUUGGUUGGUAAAGAGUUCAAGAUCUUCUUACAAGCAGCUCCAUUUAUAUUCUUCCCUUUCAUGGAUGCCGAUCAAAGGAAACUCUGGCAUUCAUUGUCUCUCCUAUCUUCUUACGCAUUCCAAACCCGUAUUGCCAACAUGAAUGAAUUCCAAAUAAAUAUCAAAAAAUAUAUAGGAGCCUUUCUAUAUUAUGUAGUUAAAUCCAGUGGGCAGUGGGUUAACAAGCCCAAGUUUCAUAUGCUUCUUCACCUUCCUCAAUCAAUCUUACGAUUUGGGCCUGCACCUCUUUUUGCGACUGAAAAAUUUGAAUCAUAUAAUGGAGUCGUUAGGAAUGCAUCAGUUCACACCAACCGACAAUCUCCAGGUCAAGACAUAGCUGUCAAAUUCUGCAAUUUCCAUUCACUACGAUUUAUAUUUUCUGGAGGUGUCUUGUAUGAUGAAACUACUAAAUCUACUUCUACAUCCUCACCAGUACUGCUGAACCUUUUCCGAACCAAUCACACCAUACAGAAGUCAAUGGGAUACAAUCCUUCCCUUUCCAAUACAAUUAUACGCUAUCCAUUCCAUAACAAGUUUGCCUCCCAAAAGGACAAUAGAGUGGACCCCCCAACUGCAUUAAAACGACGACUUCCUGAUCAAGAAUUUCGACAGAUACUUGAUCUGCAGCUGAACAAACAUGAAGCAGUUCAAGAAUCAUCUUUUAUUCUGAUCGAACAUCCAAUAACUCAUGUGAAGUCCAUCGGAUUUGUCAACUCCCUAUGGAAGGUUUCUUCGAACUAUUACGUGCAUAUCACCAAACUAUCAAAGUCAAUCAUACAUCCCUUCUAUGAAAUGAGGCAAUUCAUCAAAACAAAUGAUUCAUCCUCGGUUGACUCAAAGGCCAUCUUAGCCACUCUCAAUCUUCAGCAUAAUUGUUUCGAUGACAACUGCCCAAUCAAAAAGACUAAGGAUACCAAGGUUGAACGACAAGGUGUAAUAACUCAAACGGAAGAAGUCCAUCAUACAGACAAAAAAAAAUUCAUUCUCAAUUCUGCCUCUUUCCAUGCGCCCGACUAUCAUAGAGAGAUGGCAGAACUGGUUGUCCCAACUAUUCAACCCAAUGAAAUGGUUCAAGCAAUCGAUGAGGGCUAUAAGAAGUGGAUUCAUUCGGCAUCACAAAUUCCAAUAAUUCCAACCCUUGUACCUCCUCCAGACCACGAAAACGAAGAGAAUUUAGAGCUAGAAGAUACAUCGUCUGCAUCAGAUGACUCAUCUUCAACAGAUUCCGAACUACUCGAUGUUUAA